UGAGACAGAAAGAACACGCUGUCUUUUGUGAUGAUUCAGCUGGUAUUCCUAUUGUGUAGCUAUUUGUGAUUGACACUGACACACAGUGUACCCUUGCAAAACAAAUAGUAUCUGAUAAGAGAGCAGGGACCGCCCCGGCCUGACGGACCGCUCACCUUCAGGUUUUGCUACAUUUAAAAGGAGCAGCAGCUCACAGUGAGGCUGAGGAUCUCCUGCCCAGUACACAGGGAUCUGUGGAAAAUGUCUGGACACCACGGGGGACACUGUGGAAGAGGAGGCCAUGGUGGUCACGGCCAUGGUGGUCAUGGACAUGGUCACGGCCAUGGUGGUCAUGGACAUGGACAUGGUCAUGGUCACGGUCAUGGACAUGGACAAGGACAAUGUGGUCAAGGCCAUGGACAAGGACAAUGUGGUCAAGGCCAUGGACAAGGACAAUGUGGUCAAGGCCAUGGACAUGGACAAAGUGGAUGCCAUGGAGUGAAGCGCAGGUGCAAGCCCAAGCGUGGACGCAAGCAUAUCAAAUGUCACAAGAAGGGAAAGGAAUGUCACGGGUCCUCCAGCAGCUCCUGCAGCAGCAGCAGCGACUCCAGCAGCAGUGACUCUGACUAGAUGAACGUUCCUGGGCAGGAGAAAAACAACACAAGUUACCACCUGCAAAUCUUCAAAUUGAAAAGUUCUUUGUAACUCAUAAGCAUUUAUGUCUCACAAACGUCAACAAGCUUUUGUCAAAACUGACUUGUUCACUGAUUGUAAUGCUUUUUAUCAAACUAAAUAAUAAAGUGAAAUCAGAGCUUGGAA